UAUAGCCGAACACGAGGGAAAAUCCUUUAUACUGACACUGAGAAGAUAAUUUUAUCGGGAAAUGAGAAUACUUUAAGUAUUCCAUUAAUUAUGUAUCAACGCUCAAACAAAAAUACUUGUAUGCAUCAAAAACCUCAGGUUCGCCGGGGUAAAUGUAUUAAAAAGGGACAGAUUUUAGCAGAUGGUGCUGCUACAGUUGGUGGGGAAACUCGCCUUGGGGGAAAAAUAUUAGUGGCUUAUAUGCCAUGGGAAGGAUACAAUUUUGAAGAUGCGGUACUCAUUAGUGAGUGUCUAGUAUAUGGUGAUAUUUAUACUUCUUUCCACAUACGGAAAUAUGAAAUUCAGACGCAUGUGACAACCCAAGGUCCUGAAAGGAUCACUAAGGAAAUACCGCAUCUAGAGGGCCGUUUACUCCGAAAUUUAGACAAAAAUGGAAUUGUGAUGCUAGGAUCGUGGGUUUGAAACGGGUGAUAUUUUAGUAGGUAAAUAACGCCUCAGAUGGCGAAAGAAUCCUCGUAUGCUCCGGAAGAUAGAUUAUUACGGGCCAUACUUGGCAUUCAGGUAUCGACUUCAAAAGAAACUUGUUUAAAAUUGCCAUAGGUGGUAGAGGUCGAGUUAUUGAUGUGAGAUGGGUUCAGAAAAGGGGGGUUCAAGUUAUAACCCCGAAAUAAUUCGUGUAUAUAUUUCACAGAAACGUGAAAUCAAAGUAGGUGAUAAAGUAGCCGGAAGACAUGGAAAUAAAGGUAUCAUUUCCAAAAUUUUGCCUAGACAGGAUAUGCCUUAUUUGCAAGACGGGAGACCCGUGGAUAUGGUCUUCAACCCAUUAGGAGUACCCUCACGCAUGAAUGUAGGACAGAUAUUUGAAUGCUCGCUUGGGUUAGCGGGAAGUUUGCUAGAUAGACAUUAUCGAAUAGCCCCUUUUGAUGAGAGAUAUGAACAAGAGGCUUCGAGAAAACUCGUAUUUUCUGAAUUAUAUGAAGCUAGUAAGCAAACAGCCAAUCCAUGGGUAUUUGAACCCGAGUAUCCAGGAAAAAGCCGCAUUUUUGAUGGAAGAACGGGAGAUCCUUUUGAACAGCCUGUGAUAAUAGGAAAGCCCUAUAUCUUGAAAUUAAUUCAUCAGGUUGAUGAUAAAAUACACGGACGUUCUAGUGGACAUUAUGCACUUGUUACACAACAACCCCUUAGAGGCCGUUCUAAGCAGGGGGGGCAGCGGGUAGGCGAAAUGGAGGUUUGGGCUCUAGAGGGGUUUGGUGUUGCUCAUAUUUUACAAGAGAUGCUUACUUAUAAAUCUGAUCAUAUUAGAGCUCGCCAAGAAGUACUUGGUACCACUAUCAUUGGAGGAACAAUACCUAAACCAGAAGAUGCUCCAGAAUCUUUUCGAUUACUUGUUCGAGAACUACGAUCUUUGGCUCUGGAACUGAAUCAUUUCCUUGUAUCUGAGAAGAAUUUCCAGAUUAAUAGGAAGGAAGUUUAAUCGGAAUGAAUCACAAAAUUUCUUAUAUGAUCGAUCGGUAUAAACAUCAACAACUCCGAAUUGGAUUAGUUUCUCCUCAGCAAAUAAGUGCUUGGGCCACUAAAAAAAUACCUAAUGGAGAGAUAGUUGGAGAGGUGACAAAACCCUAUACUUUUCAUUACAAAACCAAUAAACCGGAAAAAGAUGGAUUAUUUUGUGAAAGGAUUUUUGGGCCUAUAAAGAGUGGAAUUUGCGCUUGUGGAAAUUAUCGAGUGAUCGGAGAUGAAAAAGAAGACUCGCAAUUUUGUGAACAAUGUGGAGUUGAAUUUGUUGAUUCUCGGAUACGAAGAUAUCAAAUGGGAUACAUAAAACUGACAUGUCCUGUAACUCAUGUAUGGUAUUUGAAACGUCUUCCUAGUUAUAUUGCGAAUCUUUUAGAUAAACCUCUUAAAGAAUUAGAAGGUCUAGUAUACUGCGAUGUGUGAUUUGAUCGAAAUUUUUAUUUUUAAGAAUGAUAAACUCUCAUCCCCUUCAAUCAAUUUGGGAUGCCCUCGAUCUGACAUGUCUCUUGAAAAGAGUAACAUGAAGCUCAGACUUGUGGGUGUAUUCAAUACUCCCAAAUAACAAGGGCGAUUGGUCUAUGGUCGAUUCAGUAAAAAAAAAGUACUUCAAAUUGAUAGUCGUACCUCGUGAAAAGAAGACCUUUUUUUUGUCGAAUUAAGCAUUCCCUUAUCUUUCUAAACGAAAAGAAAUUUGGUUUUUUAUAUUGAAGUAAACAAAUAUGUCAUGGUUGGAGAAGUCUAUACAUCGCAUAUAAGCUUUAAGAAUAUUGUGGCAUAACCAUCGAGGUAACGCAGGACCUAAAAGAUCGAAUGGAACAAUACAUAGACAAAUAAAUCCCGUAUGAAUUCUAAGGCAUUCCUUUCACUUAAGGUAAAAAGUAUUCCGGCAUUCGAAGGGAAGUAGACUACUCAAGAAUUUGACAUUUUUUUCUGUCGUAAUUUUGAAUUCACUAAAGAAUCUAAAUAGAAAUCAAAGAAGAAUUAAUUGAAUCAAUGAAAUGGUGGUUGGUUUGCACUGAGAACUUGAGUAAGGCGUAGAUUCUUUUUGGGUUUUCACUUGAUUUUAUAAAAUACAAUUGGAAAGUGCGACCCCUUUCUUUAUCUUUAUUUGAUAUAACUACUUGAGCCGGAUGAGAGGAAACUUUCAUGUCCGGUUUUGAGGGGGGGAGAUCAUAUAGUGGACCCUAUCCCAAUUUUUCUUUUGCUAGGCCCAUAACGAAAAAACCUACUUUCUUACGAUUACGAGGUUCAUUUGAAUAUGAAAUUCAAUCCUGGAAAUACAGCAUCCCACUUUUUUUUACUACUCAAGGUUUCGAUAUAUUUAGAAAUCGAGAAAUUUCUACUGGGGCGGGUGCUAUCCGAGAACAAUUAGCCGAUUUAGAUUUGCGAAUUAUUAUAGAAAAUUCGUUGGUAGAAUGGAAACAAUUAGGAGAAGAAGGUCCCACGGGAAUGAAUGGGAAGAUCGAAAAAUUGUAAGAAGAAAAGAUUUUUUAGUUAGACGUAUGGAAUUAGCUAAGCAUUUUAUUCGAACAAAUAUAGAACCGGAAUGGAUGAUUUUAUGUCUCUUACCGGUUCUGCCUCCCGAGUUGAGACCCAUCAUUCAGAUAGAAGGGGGUAAACUGAUGAGUUCAGAUAUUAAUGAACUCUAUAGAAGAGUUAUCUAUCGGAACAAUACUCUUACUGAUCUAUUAACAACAAGUAGAUCUACACCAGGGGAAUUAGUAAUGUGUCAGGAAAAAUUGGUACAAGAAGCCGUGGAUACACUUCUUGAUAAUGGAAUCCGUGGACAACCCAUGAGGGAUGGUCAUAAUAAGGUUUACAAGUCAUUUUCAGAUGUAAUUGAAGGAAAAGAGGGAAGA